CCGGGGUGAGCUUGACGUCAGUAUUUGAUCUCGGGGAGCAGCUCGCGCGGAUCACACUUGAGAGAUGGCUGGAAGAGACCGAGUGGUUCACCUGCUGCGGCAGCUGGAGCGCGCGGCGUGCAGAUGUCCGGCUCACUCCAACACCUUCCACCGAGGAGCCGGAGCGGCGAGCUGCAGCGUCCGGGAGACGGACUACGCCUUCGAGAUGGCGAGCUCCAACAUCAGGUACGGCGCCGGAGUCAGCAGGGAGAUCGGCAUGGACCUGCAGAACCUCGGAGCUCGGAACGUCUGUGUCAUGACGGACAAAAACUUGUCCCGCCUCCCGCCGGUGAAGGCUGUCCUUGAGUCUCUUGCCGCCAACGGCGUCCAGUUCAAAGUGUAUGACGACGUAAGGGUGGAGCCAACCGACUCCAGUUUUAAAGACGCCAUCUCUUUCGCUAAGAACGACUCGUUUGACGUGUUCGUGGCAGUUGGCGGGGGCUCUGUGAUUGACACGUGUAAAGCAGCCAAUCUGUACGCUUGUCACCCCGACGCCGACUUCCUGGACUUUGUCAACGCUCCGAUCGGCGGCGGGAAGCCGAUCACCGGAGCGCUGAAGCCGCUGAUCGCAGUUCCCACGACGGCAGGAACUGGCAGUGAGACGACCGGAGUCGCCAUCUUCGACUACGAGCCGCUGAAGGCCAAGACAGGUAUCGCCAACAGAGCCCUCAGACCAACGCUGGGCAUCGUGGACCCGAUACACACACUGAGCAUGCCCGAGAGAGUCGCUGCUAACAGCGGCUUCGACGUCCUCUGCCAUGCUCUGGAGUCGUACACGGCGCUGCCCUACGACCAGCGGCGCCCGUGUCCCCCCAACCCGCUGAGCCGGCCCGCCUACCAAGGCAGCAACCCCAUCAGUGACGUGUGGUCGCGCCACGCGCUGGGCGUGGUCGCCAAGUUCAUGAAGAGGGCGGUGAAGGACCCUGAGGACCUGGAGGCUCGGUCCAGCAUGCACCUGGCCAGCGUGUUCGCCGGCAUUGGCUUCGGGAACGCCGGAGUUCAUCUGUGUCAUGGGAUGUCGUAUCCAAUCGCCGGGAACGUGAAGACGCAUGCCGCCAAGGGCUACAGCGUGGAGCAUCCCCUGGUGCCUCACGGUCUUUCGGUGGUCCUCACGUCUCCGGCGGUCUUUAACUUCACCGCCCCGAUGUGUCCAGAGCGCCACCUGGAGGCUGCAGAGAUCCUUGGUACAGACGUGCGGCGGGUGAAGCGUGAGGACGCCGGCGCCGUGCUGUCCGAUGCUCUGCGGCAGUUCCUGUUCGAUCUGCAGGUGGAGGAUGGACUCGCUGCUGUGGGAUACAGCACUGAAGACAUCCCAGCGCUGGUCAAAGGAACAAUCCCUCAGGAACGAGUGACGAAGCUGUCCCCGCGGGCACACACCGAGGAAGACCUCAGCCAGCUGUUCGAGGCCUCCAUGAAGCUCUACUGACCUGGGACUUACCUCAGGUCUGCUCUGAGCCGGGCUGCAGACCCUCCAUCUGACAGCAGGGGGCGCUGUUUCUCAGCCUGAACAGAUCCUUUUAUUAAUGAUCAAAUAUUGAUUUUAUAUUUACACACAAAUCUGAAAUAAAUCCAGAUUACUGCAGCAGA